AUUUUUAAUUAAAAUAGUUAUAGCCAAAAAACUUUUAAAAUAUAAAAAAUAAUAAAACACGUUUUUGGAAGACUCAAAUCCAUAAAAUUGGAAAACCCAUAGUAUUGGAUGAUAUUUCACUCCCAAAAGAAGAAGAAAAAAGAAAAAAAAAGGGGAAAGAGAGUGUAGGGGCAAUAUGGUAUUUAUGAUCGUGUGAAGAAGAGGGAGCAACACAAAGAAGUUACAUUGCAGCUUCUUAUUUCCCGCCUUUUCAUCAUUUGCUCUUCUCAGCUCAAUUCCAUUUCAAACACACACACGCAAUCUCUCUCUCUCUCAAGAACUGAAACGACGAGCUUAUCCAUGAUCACCGCCUGUUAGAGCUGCCAUCGUGAUUCUUGGUUUCAUCUUCCCUGCUGAAUCGCAAGGAUGGAGGUUGACUCACAGAAAUUGCGAGAUGAUCCAACGAUCCAUUACUGGAGUUUAGGAAGUAAUAAUCAACCAUCGAGUCAGUCCAGAAAGAUAUCAAUUGGGAUUUUGGUAGAUUCAUUACAGAAGAAUGCUUCAAAGGAUGGAGAUAUUGCAAAUCUGAAUGCUGAAAGGGUAAAGUCUGGUUCUGAUUUUAGGAAGUCUGCAAAAGGAAAAAGUAAGAUCGAAGAAACGACAGCUCCCCAGAAAACUAAACAGACUGAAGCAAUAGAGCCGGUGAAAUCCCCAUGGAUUAACACAAGAAACUUCUUCCCCAAAGCAACCACUUCUGAGACUAUUCUUUGCACAGAACGGAUUUCUAAUUCACCAGCCAGUAAGAAGUUUAAUGGGGUCACAUAUGAAAGGAAGGGAAGGAGGGACGGAUCCACAGAGGGUGUGCCGGAGUUUACCUUUGCAACGGUGCCGAAUGUUUCGAAAUCAGAUAAAAAGGUGAUCGAGGACAAAGCGAAUGCAAAUGGAAAAACUGAAAGUCUACGACUGAAGCUCCAGGAGAUAUUGGGAGCUGUUUCAACCCCUAAUGAGCAGUCUCCUAAUUCUCCAACUCGUGAUUUAGGUGUCAAUUGUAUAAAUCAAGAGCAAGCAUUUGAUGAAAUGGGUGAUGCAGUUGAUAAUCAUAGACAGAGUCCAGAAAACAGAGAACAGACAUUUGAUAAGAUAGGUGAUGCAUUAUCCAAGCCUACACAGAGUCGUGAAAACAGAGAACAGACAUUUGAUAAGACAGGUGAUACACCAUCCAAGGCUAGACAGAAUCGUGAAAACAGAGAGCAGACAUUUAAUAAGAUAGGUGAUACACUAUCCAAGCCUGGACAGAGUCGUGGAAACAGAGAACAUACAUUAAAUAAGAUAGGUGAUGCACUAUCCAAGCGUAAACAGAAUUCGGAUACAAUAGAAACUGAUUCUGACUCUGAUUAUAGGAUCAAGAGACCUGUGACUCGUUCUUCGACAAGGAAGAGGGCUCCAGCCAAGGCGCAAAAGAAAACUAAAAAGAGUGGUCAGCUCCCUGGUUGCAAACUGAAACACCAAGAAAAGAACAUUUCCCCUUGCGAAGAUAAAUUUCCCAGAAGACUAAGUACUGUUGGAGGUAGUUCCUCCAUGUUUACACAAAAGAAAAGUGAUAAGAAGAGUUUCAGAGUUGAGCCACGUACUUUAUUUCACGAAAAGGAUAUAGCAGAAAAGAUUCAAGAAGUAUCACAUAGGAGUGAAACAUCACCACCUGCUCAAAAAACAUCUUCAUUUGGUAAAAUUAGAGAUAACAAUAGUUUCGAACCUGAGAAAGAAAGAGACUAUCUUGGAGUGAAGAAGAAUAUCUCAAACAAUUCACCUCUGAUAGACAACAGAGACAAUCAGUAUGGGGAUUUUGUGAGUCCAGAUAGCAGAGAUCAACACAAAGACAUUGGUACGCCCUCAAUGAAGCGCCAAGAAAAUGUUGGUAGUCCAGUUGUAAGGAAUGUUGUAAACCUACAAGAUGGGUUUCGAAGUCCAACAUUUGGAAUUAAUGCACCUAUAUCAAGUUCUUCCCUCAGCUCAAUGCCCAAUUCGGACAAAAUGGGAGAAAUUCGUAGCUUCAGGGUUCUGCAAAGUAAAACAUUUGACUGUUCUGACGAUCAACUGAUAGAACCUUCAGUUAGUACGGAGAAGCUUAAGGGUUUUCCCACCAGAAAAGCAUCAAAUAAAGUCAAAGAGAAAUAUGAAGAAACUCCUCUCUCUGAAUCAUCAACUGAAGAUACACGCUCAGCGAGUUCUGAAGAAGGUUCACCGAUUAAUGAUAAAUUUGACCGUUGCAGAGAAAGAAACUCAUUGCUUCCAGAAACAAGUACUGCCAAAAAAAUGAAGUUCUUGUUUCGUUCAGCUGAAAAGCUCCGUAGCGUUGAAACUAAUGUUCAAUUAGAUGAUGUCAUUACUAGAUCACCCUCUAUUAAAGGGAGGGGAGAAAGUAAUUGGAUACCGGAACAAGAGCACGGCCAAGAGGACGGGCUAGCUAGGGCUCUUGAAAUGUUCGCAUUGGAGUUACAAAAACUUAAAAGCAAAAUCAAAUCAGUGACUAGCAAGAAAUCCUCUGAAAUUUUGAUGUCUGUAGUAGAAGAUAUCCAUUUGCGAUUGCACAAUGUGGAGUCUCAGAUUCAAACGGAUAUGGGGAAGCUGAAAAGCGUUAGUACAUUAAAAAGAAAACGGAUGGAUACAAGAUUUGAAGAGCAACAGGAAAAAUUGCAAUUGAUUUGUGAAAGGUUCAAGGAACAGAUCAAUCAAUAUCUGGAGGACUGCAAAAGCUCAUUUGAAGAGCUGGAAACAGAUCAUCUAGAGUUGAAAGAAACCAUGGAGAAGCGAAAAAAAUCACAUCUAAAGCUUAUGUUGCAAGUGGAAGAGGCAAUCCAAACCCUAUUAAAUGAAGCGGAAAGGAAAAUCACAGCGACACACGAGUUUGGGCGGGAAAAGAUGCUUCAGUUGAAACAGAUUGUAGCUUUGUGUUUGAAAGAGGGGAUCCUUUCGUAAGUGGGCACAAGGAUCAUCAAUCUGUACAGAUAAGUGGUAACCAAGAAGGUGGUACAAAGAAACUCUCAUCUCUUGUUUGUUUCUGAUUAUACAACUCAAUGUAAAAACUGGGUCCUUCCCUGAAAUGGUCCACAAAGUGAAAUUGGAAUCUUAUUGUUAUACAUAGUAUUGAUAUGCAUUUAUUUGUCUCGAAUGAGGAGAGUAACAAUUGCAGCGCGGGCAGGCAGAUGGAUAAGAGUCAUUCAUUUCAUUAUAGGACUUGUUUGUUCAUCUCGACCUCAUAUUAAACAGCAGUAUAUUUAGUGCCUACGUAGUAGUAGUAGUGUGUUUAGAGUAAGAGAACCCAUAGAUUGUCAAGCGAGUCCAUACCUAACGAGUGUUGGAGUGUCAACAUUUGGAUGGCACCGAUUGAUUGGUCCCUACUUAUCCAAUCUGAGGUUGUGAAAUAGGAGGGAAGGAACACAUUCUCUAUAUGUAGCAGCUAGCUAGUAAGCUACAAUAAUGAUGUAUUUUACUAUUAUUAGCAUAAAAUGAAUAUAUUUUCUUGGUUU